AACAAAAGGGCAUAUCCGUCCACAAAUUUAGAUUCGUGCCCUAGCUUUCCCAAUCCGAGCAUAUAGCCACGCCAACUCCCUUAUUCGCAUAUUCUCUUUCGCUCCCUCUCUCCAUAUUUGAUUUUCAGUUAUUAGGGUUAGGGUUUUUCUCUCUCUGCGAUUCACUUCUACUAUCUAUCUAUUUCUUGUUAUACACUUAUCUUCCCAUUAUUUAUCUAUUUUGGUUCGAGUUUAUUGGAGAUUUUUGUGUUGUGAAGAAGAUUUGAAGCUGAAUAGUGGUUUGCAAUGGGAGUUCCGGCGUUUUAUCGGUGGUUAGCGGAGAAGUAUCCGCUGGUGGUGGUGGAUGUGAUCGAGGAAGAGCCAGUUGUCAUCGAAGAUGUUAAGAUUCCGGUUGACACAAGUAAACCUAACCCUAACAACCUCGAAUUCGACAACUUGUAUCUCGACAUGAACGGGAUUAUUCAUCCUUGUUUUCACCCCGAAGACCGGCCUUCUCCAAUCUCUUUUGAGGAGGUGUUUCAGUGCAUGUUUGACUAUAUGGAUAGGCUUUUUGUGAUGGUGCGUCCCCGAAAGUUGCUAUACAUGGCUAUUGGUGGGUAAUAAGAUGGCGUUGCCCCACGGGCCAAAAUGAAUCAGCAGCGGUCUAGGCGUUUUAGGGCAGCCAAAGAUGCAGCAGAUGCGGCAGCCGAAGAGGAAAGGUUGCGGGAAGAUUUUGAGAAGGAGGGCAGAAAGCUUCCUCCCAAGCAGGAAUCACAAGUUUUCGAUUCCAAUGUCAUCACUCCUGGAACUGAAUUUAUGGCUGUUUUGUCAAUUGCUCUGCAGUACUACGUCCACCUCAGGCUAAACAAUGACCCUGGAUGGAAAAAUGUUAAGGUUAUCCUUUCUGAUGCAAAUGUUCCCGGUGAAGGGGAACACAAAAUAAUGUCAUACAUUCGUCUGCAAAGGAAUCUUCCGGGUUAUGAUCCAAAUACACGUCAUUGCCUGUAUGGUUUGGAUGCAGAUCUGAUCAUGCUGGCUUUGGCUACGCAUGAAGUUCAUUUUUCAAUACUUAGAGAGGUUGUGUUUACUCCCGGACAACAAAACAAAUGUUUCCUGUGUGGUCAAAUGGGUCAUUUAGCAGCAGAUUGUGAAGGGAAGGCAAAGAGAAAGGCAGGGGAGUUUGAUGAGAAAGGGGAUGGUGGUGUUGUGGCUAAAAAGCCUUACCAGUUUCUCAACAUAUGGACUCUUAGAGAGUACUUGGAAUAUGAGAUGAGAAUCCCUAACCCUCCCUUUGAGAUGGAUUUCGAGUGCAUUGUCGAUGACUUUAUCUUCAUGUGCUUCUUUGUGGGCAAUGAUUUUUUACCACAUAUGCCCACCCUGGAGAUUCGUGAGGGUGCAAUUAACUUGUUGUUGGCUGUCUAUAAGAAAGAAUUCAGAGCUUUGGGCGGAUAUUUGACUGAUGGAAGCAAGCCCAAUCUGAGCAGGGUAGAGCAUUUCAUUCAGGCUGUGGGAUCAUACGAAGAUAAAAUAUUCCAGAAACGAUCUCGUUUGCAUCAGCGACAAGCUGAAAGAAUUAAGCGUGAAAAAGCUCAGGCAAAAAGAGGAGAUGAUGCAGAACCUCAAGUUAAACCUGAGUCUCUAGUUCCGGUUGCUCGGUUUCAUGGUUCUCGCCUGGCGUCGGGUCCUAUGUCUUCACCAUAUCAAUGGACAGGUUCAGAAUCUCGCAGAAAUGAAUUCGAACGUGGGCAAUUUACUGCAAAUCUGUCAGUCCUUGACAUCCAGAGCAAGCGCAAUGGGAGAUCGGACAACAAAGGAAGCCAUGUCCGGGCACAAAAGGUUGCACGUUUUUCUUCCGGUUCCACUAUGGGUGCUGCUAUUGUUGAAGCUGAGACAAGUCUUGAGAUAGAAGUACAGGACAAUAAAGAAGAAUUGAAAACAAAGCUGAAGGAGUUACUUCGCGAAAAGUCUGACGUUUUCAAUUCUGAAAAUCAUACUGAAGACAAGGUCAAACUGGGAGAGCCUGGUUGGAAAGAGAGAUAUUAUGAGGAAAAGUUUUCUGUGAAGACUCCAGAGGAGCUUGAAAUGAUACGGAAAGAUGUUGUUUUGAAAUACACAGAAGGCCUUUGUUGGGUUAUGCAAUAUUACUAUGAAGGGGUUUGUUCCUGGCAGUGGUUUUAUCCUUACCAUUAUGCUCCAUUUGCAUCUGAUCUCAAGGAUCUUGGGCAGCUGAAUAUAAGUUUUGAACUAGGUUCUCCAUUCAAACCUUUCAAUCAGCUGUUGGGGGUGUUUCCUGCUGCCAGCUCCCAUGCACUUCCUGUGCAUUAUAGGAAAUUGAUGACUGAUUCAAACUCGCCUAUUAUUGACUUUUAUCCGACUGAUUUUGAAGUGGACAUGAAUGGCAAGCGGUUUUCUUGGCAGGGUAUUGCCAAAUUGCCUUUUAUUGAUGAAGCCCGUCUUCUUGCAGAGGUUGCAAAAAUUGAACAUACUUUGACGGAGGAGGAAGUACGGCGGAACAGUAUGAUGUCUGACAUGCUUUUUGUGUCGUUAUCUCACCCCCUAUCUCCAUACAUUUUUUCUCUUGAUGAUCGUUGUAAGCAGUUGACAGAAAAAGAACGAGCUGGAGUCAAGGAGCAACUUGAUCCUCAGGCCAGUGGUGGGAUGAAUGGAUAUAUAUCCCUUUGUGCUGGAGAUCCUUGCCCUCCAAUUUUUCGAUCGCCUGUUGCUGGAAUGGAAGAUAUUAUGGACAAUCAAGUCGUAUGUGCUAUUUACAGACUUCCAGAUGCUCAUAAGCACAUCACUCGGCCACUUGCAGGGGUUAUAUUUCCAAAGAAGAUUGUCUCAGUAGGGGAUCUAAAACCUGAGCCCGUUUUGUGGCAUGAGGAUUCUGGGAAGAAGCCUUGGGAAAAUGGAAGGCAUAACCCCCCUGGAGCCAUUUCCGGCAGGCAUCUUGGGGAGUCAGCACGUCGACUUGUGGUUAACAGUUUACACUUAAAGGCAGACAGGAAUGGUUGUAGUGAACGAGUCGAAACCCCAAAGGCAUCCUAUAGUGGUAGGUAUGGCCUGCGUUUGCCCUCAUACCAAAACAAUAGAUACCAUGAUCAGGAACAAAACAGAAUGGUUCUGCCUCGAUCAGGCUAUCCUGCUCAAAGUUCUGGAAGUCACCCCAGGCCGUCAAAUUCCUAUCCUGCUCCGAAUCACUUUAACCAUAACUAUGGUAAUCAGUAUCCUUCACCGGCUGCACACAGUCCUUACAAUAGGUCCCAUCCUCCAUAUGCAAGGAGCAACCAGUCUGCCAUAGAGAAUAGAGCGUAUCCUGUCCAUGGAUACUAUCCACCCAGGUUUCCCCAAGACGGACAUAGGUUCCCUCCGCAUGUUCCCCCUCAGCAUUUGGUGCAAACCCCCAUUCCGGCUGGUGCCCAUUUUCAUCAGCAAGGUGGAUAUAACAGCUAUGGAAGCUCCCAGUUAUAUGGGGACGCCAGCUAUCAUCAUCGGGGUGGUAGCUGGGCACCUCAGGCCAACCAAAGGGAUGGCAGAGGGUAUGCUCAUCCUCAACAAUCAGGCAACCAGUUUUCGGCAUUAGAUAAGGGAGCGAGUCAAAGGCCUCCACCGCCUGGGUAUCGCCGCUAGAAGGUCACCGCCUCUGGCAAACUAAGGGGUUGUUAUGCUCGUCCUCAACAAUGAGCAACCAAUUCUCUAGCAUUAGAUCGGCGAACGAGUCAGAAGGUCCCUGCCGCUAUAGGUGGGAAACUAGAUGUGUUGUUCCCACCUGCCACCCUCUUCUGGCCUAUGAUCAUAGGGGUGGUGUACAAUAUUCGAUUCUAAAAUUUUCAAUUAGUUUUAUUUUGUUCUUUCACUUUGUAGUUUUGAGGUUAAUUUUAUUAGGCGUAGCCUUCCACUUUGGAAGGGCAAUAACUAAUAAGCAAAGGUAAAAAAUCAUGUAUUUUCUUCAUUUGUUUACCAUUGUGACUUGGCAAACCUACUCACCCUUGUUGCCAUUCAAAGAAAGUAUGCUUACUCGGGUCAUG